AUGGAGAUCGCUCAGCGCGACCACGACCACGACCUCUCGCCGGAGGCGGCGAGGAUGCUCCGCGAGAUGGCGCUGCGGGGUCGCGAGGAGGGAGUGGAGCCCGAUCUGUCGGACGAGCAGCUGCGCUCCAACGACCAGCUCCAGCAAGACGAGAUGUUAGCGCUGGAGGCAAUUUAUGGAGACAAGAUAUGCAUUUUUGGUGAAAAGGCUGGACCGCGAUCUUUCCAGAUUCAGGUUAAUUGUGAAAUUCCAGAUGGUAUCACUGUUACCGUAGAACCAUUCCAGGGUGAUGAUGAUGACCCAAAGAGCCAGUUCCUUGAAAACUUCAGUGUCAAGCACUUGGCUCCGCUAUCACUGACAUGCCUCAUGCCUCCAUCGUACCCAAGCCAUCAUCCUCCAUACUUCACUCUCGGUGUACAAUGGUUGGAUAAUGUGAAGGUCUCCUCCCUUUGUCACAUGCUCGACUUGAUCUGGGCGCAACAAGCUGAACAGGAAGUUGUUUAUGAGUGGGUGCAUUGGCUGCAGAGCUCUAUGCUUUUUCAUCUUGGUUUUGACAACGGAAUAGUCAUACGACAGCCUCAUAGUGCGGUCAGUCAAGUGGAUUUUCGGGUUGUGGGAGAGAUUUUGUCUGCAGAGUCUGUCGUUCAACAGUUGAUCAGCUACAAUGAGGAGCAAUGCCAUGAAUCCUUUCUCCACGGGCUUCAUGCCUGCAUGAUUUGCUUCAGCGAGUACACAGGCGUUGAUUUUGUAAAGCUUCCAUGCCAGCAUUACUUUUGCCAGAGGUGCAUGGAGACUUACUCAAGGAUUCAUCUCAAGGAAGGAACAGUACUAAAAUUGGUGUGCCCUGAUGACAAGUGUGGAGGCAUUAUUCCUCCUAAUCUAUUGAAGAGGUUGCUAGGAGAUGCAGAUUUUGAACGGUGCGAAAGCUUGAUGCUUCAGAAGGCUCUAGAUUCAAUGGCUGAUGUAGCGUACUGUCCAAGAUGUGGAACAGCUUGCCUGUUAGACGAGGAUAAAGCCAGAUGCUCCAAUUGCCUCUUCAACUUCUGCACCCGCUGCAGAGAGCCUUGUCACACAGGGAGGAGCUGCAUUAUUCUUACUCCAGAAGAAAAACUUCUCACCUUACAGGAACGUGCAAAGGUGCGCCGCUUGAGCAAAGGCGAAGUUGGCAUGAUAAUUAGCUUGGCAAAUGAAAUAUUUAGCAUCAAGGAAGUGCUCCGUUCUUCCGUUCCAUGUCCCCAUUGUGGUAUCGCCAUUACACGUGUGUCUGGCUGUAACCACAUGCUUUGCAGGAAAUGUGGUAAACAGUUUGACUAUGACCUUGCUGGAAGAAAUAAUGUCAGGGCUGUUGAUUUUAUUAAAGAUGUCGAGAUACAGAAAGAAGCAAGAGUGAGACUGUCCGCCAGCUUCAAACAACAUCCGUGCCCGAAAUGCCACCAGCCACAUCACAAGGUAAAGUUGUUUUGGCUUUUCAGAUAUCAGUCUUUUUCAUCAUUUUUUCACCUGGUGUUGGGAAAUGAAUUCACUGACUCUUUUUCCUACGGGAAAAAAUCACUGACUCUGAUAUGA